AUGCCACCGAAUUUCUUUCAAAAACCAGAAACAGCUCUGAAAAGAGCACAGGAACUGAUUUCGGUUGGUAAAGAACUGGAUGCUCUCGAAACACUCCAUGAUACGAUUAAGUCGAAACGUCAUAAGCAAUGGACGAAAACCCACGAACUGAUCAUGCUCAAGCAUGUCGAAUUGUGCGUUUCAUUACGACGUCCGCAUAUGGCCAAAGAUGCACUUUUCCAAUACAAGACACUAACACAACAGAUUGCGGUGAAAUCUUUGGAAACCGUUAUCCUUAGGUUUCUUGAUUUGGCAAAAGAAAAAACUGAAGAAGCACAGAAAACAUCGAUUGAGAAGGUUGAGGAAAUUGAUGAUCUGGAUCAAGCGGAUGCACCAGAGAACUUACUUCUGUCGGCAGUGUCUGGUGCUGCGGCACAAGACCGUAUGGAUCGAACGGUGCUCAGUCCAUGGCUACGUUUUCUUUGGGAUUCCUACCGCAACUGUCUUGACCUUUUGCGUAACAAUGCGGUGGUUGAGCAACUCUACCAUAGUAUUGCACGUCAAUCGUUCGAAUUCUGUGCCAAAUAUCAACGACGUACGGAAUUCCGCAAGCUAUGUGAUCACCUUCGGAUGCAUCUAAGUCAAAUCCAGAAGCAGCAACAUCUUGCUCAUGUAGUAAAGUUGACAAGCGCCGAGUCGUUAACACUGAUGCAGGACACUCGACUCAUUCAACUGAAUACUGCCAUUCAAAUGGAAUUAUGGCAAGAGGCAUACCGCAGUGCGGAAGAUGUUCAUGGAAUGAUGCAGUUAAGCAAGGAUAAAGAUAAACGAAUGUUGGCAUUAGUGUUCUGGAAGGCUGGUAAUCGUUUGUUCCACGCAGCCGCUCUUCUGCAAAAGUUCAUCAUCUAUAAAGAUAUGAAAAAAACGUUCAGCUCCGAAGAGGCCACUGAUCAGGCCACUCGUGUCUUGCUGGCCACGUUAUCAAUUCCGGAUGGGGCUGAUAAGCCAUCGGACUUGACUCGACAUUUAGACAUCGAGGAGCAGCACAUCGCGAACAUUAGACUCUUAUCGAAUCUGUUACGUUUGCCGAUCGCACCGUCUCGUGCGGGAAUCUUGAAGGAAAUUGGACGGUUGAAUAUACCUGAAAUUGCUGUUGAGAGUGCCAGGAACGUGUACAUCCAGCUUGAAUGCAAGUUCACACCACUGCGUCUUGCGAAGAGUGUUGAUUGUGAACUGAACAAAAUAAAGGCGUUGAAUAAGCCGGACUAUGAACAGUAUGUGGAUGCGCUAAAAGGCGUGACAGCCACCAAAAUUAUCAAACAACUAUCACUGAUAUAUGACACGUUAUCGAUGGAAAGACUUCUCAAAGUGUUACCAUUCUAUAGCGACAUCGAAUUGGAACGUUUUCUGGUAGAUAUUGCAAAACAUCGAUACGUUAAGGCACAGAUCAGUCAUCGUGAACGGUGUAUUCAUUUCGGUGAUGUGGAUGCAACGUUGGAGGGCGCGCUUGAUAACGAAUUGUCAAAUACGUUCAACGGGGAUUCGAAUCAGACUGGGAUGGAAGGCAUUCGUAGUCAUCUGGAAUUGAUGUACAACGGCCUCAGAGAUGUGGUGAAUGUUUUGGAUGCAGAGCAACGUAAGAAGGCCGCUCUUGACCAUUUGAAACGGCAUACAGAAAUCUAUGCGUAUCACAAGAACGCUGAUUAUGAACGCAUAUUGCUGCGACGCAAGAAAAUUGAAAGCUACAAGGAGACGAGCGAACGGCUGAAGCUUGAGAAGACACAGCAGGCACAGGCCGAAGCGAAUCGUAGGGAAGAGCUGAAGAGGGCUGAGGAAAUGCGACGACUCGAAUUGGAGAAUAUCGAGAAAGAGAAGAUGCGUAAACUCGCUGAGCAGGAAGAAAUCGAGAGGAAAGUUCGUGCCGAGAAAAUGAAAAAGAUUCAAGCGACACCAAUAUAUCAAGCGAUUGUGAAAGAUCAUGGCGAAGAAGCUUUCCAAAAUAUGGAUCCAGAUUCAGUGUUACGCGAGCAACGCGAUCGUAUGGAUGAGCAACGCCGCGAGCAGCAAGCAAGACUUCAACAACAGGAGAAGAAAUUCGAUCAUUUGGUGCGUGCGUUCCAUCUGGAGGAGAUGAAGGCGAGGAAGGCGAUCACGGAUGAGUACAGACGAACCGCACCUCAGCUGCACGAAGAGUACGAGAAGAAGAGAAUUGAGAAUGCCAUUUUUGAACACGAACGUGCAGUGGCCACUUACGAACGCAUGCAGUUGGUACGGCCCGAUGCGAAUGCAUUCCUUGACCGGGUGAAAGAAGCACAUAAAGAAGAUUUCGCGAAGAAGGUGGCCAAUUGGGAGGAGAAAUUAAGCGAGGAGAGGAAGAAGCGUCUCGCGGCACGACACGAAAUGCGGAAAGAAGCGAGAAGAAAGGAGUGGCAAGCGGAACGUGAACGUCAACUUGCACGUGCCAAAGAAGUGGCCGAACAGGCACGUAGAGAAGAGAUGGAGAAGGAGAGACGUGCAAUACGUGAAGCAGGUCGACAGCCGAGAAGGGAACAAGUGGAGAGUGUUGCGGAUACGGACAGCGAUUGGAGACGUGGAGCGCAACCGACGGCACCUCGUCAGCCUCCUGCGAUGGCGCCAAGGCCUCCGAUGGCUGAGCGUAUGAUGGAGGGUGAAAGACAACGUGAACGAGCAAUGCCUCCGCCGCCCUCAGAGGCAGAUAUGGGUGUGUGGAGGCGCGGUCAGGUGGUCACUGUGGGUAGCGCGGGUCCACCACCCGCAGCACACAUUGAAAGAGAGAAUGUGCCGCAAAGACACUUCGAACGUGAGCCAAGAGAGGCACCGCCACCACAACCGACGAGCGAAGCUGAUAAGGUGGCCCAUUGGAGACGUGGACAGGUCGUUACGCACAGAGAACCGCCGCAAGGAAUGGCUCGUCCUGGAAUGGGAGAACGUCGUGGAGAGCCUUUGGGUGCGCCAGCAACGCAUGAGAUGACAAGCAGACCAAGUGCACCGUCACCAGCCGAUACGGGUAGCUGGAGACGUGGACAAGUCGUUACGCGUACGACUGGCGAUGGCGGAGAGGCGCAGCAGAUGGAAGCGGCAGCAGCUCAAGCCCAGAUACGUUCUGGAGAUGGCGCAGCCGGGCGUGCCGCACCACCAACUGCACAACAGGCAGCACCACCUUCGGACGAUACUGACGGCAAAUGGACAACGGUUACGCCACGAGCUGCCGAUGGUUCUGGCAUUCCUUCACACGGCCGUGGUCCACCAAGACGUGAAGCACAUUAUCCACAGCCGCAGCAACAACAACAGCAGCAGCAUAAAUCGGCUGAUGAAGAUAAGAACUGGCGUCGAAAGUGA